AUGGCAUAGAAAGCUUUUACUAUGGUAUUCUAUAUUGUACCUGAAGAUUAAGAUGACAUAGAAUAGCCCAACGCAUUUGGAAUACACAAAAAUUAAGAGGAUAUUAAACCUAGUGAUAUAGCAGACUCUUUCCCUUUGCCAGGAGAAUAUAUUUUUAGAUAUAGAUACAAAUUUUAGAACAACAUAGUUUGGAUGGAUAUUAAUUCAAAUUCCAACAAAAUUCCUCUUUUUAAUGGUAAAAUUUACAUAAAAGCAACUCGUGUGUCAUGGACAAAAGAUAAUAAUAGCUAAUAGCCAGUUCAACCACAAGCAAAUGUUUAGACUCAAGUUAAUAGAUAAUCUUCAAGUUAAAACUAAUAGCAAUAAUUGUAUUAAGCUUAAUAGUAGCCAUCGUAUUAAUAACAAUAAGCUACUUAAUAAAAAUAAGUUUAUUAGCAAUAGCAGUAGCCUAAAAUACCAGCCAAUUAAGGAUAUUAGUAACCAGAUAAAUAAUUUUCUAGUUAGGGAACUAAUGGAAAUUAAAAAUCUACGAACUUACUUGACGAUUAUGAAGAAAAGCCAACUUAAAAGAAAGCAAAUACAGCUUAACUAGAAGCUAACCUGCUUGAUAUGGAUGACCUCGGUGCAGGUUCAUCCUCAAGUCAAAAAUCGAAUAAUAAACAUGAUGAUGACUUAUGGAAUUUUUGA